GUCAAGUGGAGGAUCAUCCUGGCAGCUCAGACAACCUGUCCAUCAAUAGAUUACAAAGGAUCACAAUUGCGGACCCCACUGAACACCAUUCAGAAGGAAACCAGAGUCCUGAGAACUCUGCCAGCCUCUGGACUGGGCCGCAGAAGAAGCCUCAUUGCAUGGAAGUGCUGGAAAUGCGAGCCAAAAACCCCAUGCCCCCGCCACAUAAAUUUAAAACCAAUGUAUUACCUUCACAGCCGCAUGAUUCAUCGAGUGAUUGUCAGAGAGGGUCUCCCAUCUCCUCAGAGGAGGGGCGGCGCGGGGACAGGAAGCAUCGCGAUGACAUCACAGCGGCCCCGCUUCUGCCGCGGCACCACCUGCCGACACAGCUGCUCUCCAUAGAGGGGUCGCUGGUACUGCAGAGACAGCAGGAGCAGAGUCACGAGGAGAUGCAAGCCGAGCUCGCAGCACAGAAGCUAGCGGAAAGACCAAAUAUUAAAAUGCAGAGCUGUAAUCCAGAAGGGGAGUCUUCAAGGAGAUACCAAGAAGUAAGGGACGAAGAUGAUGAUCAGUCAUCCUAG